UUGAUUUCCUUUUAUUCUUUUUGGGUUUUUUGAUCCAAAUAUGGCUGAUCAGAAAAUGAAAGGUAGAACAGUAUCAUUGAUGACCAUGGUGUUCAUCUUUCAGGUUCUAUUUGCACUUUUACAUGGCUGUUUUGCAGCAUCCAGAAAAGGUCAACCACCUAGGAAUGGAACUACAGUCCAUCCAACGGCUGUUAAUGGUUUUGGCUCCUCAGUUUUUCUUUCUGUUUCUGGCAAUGUCUAUCCUCUCGGGUACUAUUCUGUGACAGUUGGGAUAGGCAACCCACCUAAGGCUUUUCAGCUUGAUAUUGAUACUGGAAGUGACCUCACUUGGGUCCAGUGUGAUGCUCCUUGUACUGGUUGCUCUCUGCCUCGUGACCGUCUAUACAAGCCUGUUAAUAGCAAAUUCCUGCCUUGCAAGGAUCCCGUAUGUGCUGCACUUCACUCUCCGAAACCACACCAAUGCAAGAAGCUAAAUGAAAAAUGUGGCUUUCAAGUUGAUUACGCUGAUCAUGGUUCAGUUCUUGGUGUCAUUGUCUCAGACAACUUUCCCCUAAGCCUUGUCAAUGGCUCCCUUUCUUCUUCCUUUUUGGCCUUUGGAUGUGGAUAUCGCCUACAAAAUCGAGGUCCACACACUCCCCCUACGACUGCCGGAGUCCUUGGGCUUGGCAAAAGUAAAGCAAGCAUCUCAUCACAAUUGAGUGGCAUGGGAAUAACAAAAAACGUGGUAGGUCAUUGUCUCAGUGGACAAGGAGGAGGGUUUUUGUUCCUUGGAGCUGAUUUUGUCCCUAAAUCAGGAAUGACUUGGUCACCAAUGUUGCAAAAUUCCUUCGAUAAACAUUAUUCUUCUGGUCCAGCAGAACUUCUUUUUGGUGGGAAGCCUACUGGUGUAAAAGGCUUUAAUGUUAUCUUUGACAGUGGAUCCACCUACACUUACUUGAGUUCUAAAAUUUACCAAACUGUACUUAAUCUGGUGAAGAAAGAUCUAAGUGGAAAGCAACUACAAGAUGUGAAAGAUAACGCUCUCCCAAUCUGCUGGAAAGGUGCGAGGCCUUUCAAAUCUGUGCAAGAUGUUAGGAACUAUUUCAACAGCUUUGCGCUGAGUUUUACAGGCGCACGUAACAUUCAGCUACAUUUGCCACCUGAAGCUUAUCUCAUUGUCACUGAAAAAGGAAAUGUUUGCCUUGGAAUUUUGAGUGGCACUGAAGCAGGACUGGGAACUAGCAAUGUGAUUGGAGACAUUUCAUUGCAAAACCAACUGGUAAUAUAUGAUAAUGAUAACCAGAGGAUAGGAUGGGCUUCUGCAGACUGUACUCGCAAGCUUCGCGGAUUGUGAAUCUUUUCUCUUGUAAUAUGCAAUACGAAACUUGCAUGCAAAACUAAAUAAAAUGACUGAAUAAAUUAAAAGGUGGAAAAUAGCUCCAGUCUUUGACGAAGGGCUCAUUCCCAUGAUUCUUCUGUUUGAUGAU